CCGGUCCGGGCUGCAACGACUCACAUUCGCGGAAAGGCGUCGGUGUCAUCCAGAGAGAAAAAGAAGAAGCUUAAUGGUAGAAACGAUGGGUGCAGACGCCAGCUCCACCUUUCUGGACUCGGAGUUUCGCUACGUGCUCUUCCCAGUUGUGUACAGCAUCAUCUUUGUUGUGGGCUUCUUCGCCAAUCUUUACGUGCUGUUCGUCCUGCGGUGUCUCCGUGAAGCAAAGGCCAUGGGAGAAAUACGCAUCUACAUGACCAACCUGACCAUCGCUGACCUCCUGUUUGUUUGUGCGCUGCCCUUCUGGAUUGGGUACUACAGGCGUAAGGGGGAUUGGGUCUUCCAGGAUUUCAUGUGCCAGCUGGCAGGAUCGUUAUUUUUCAUCAACAACUAUGGCACCAUCCUGUUCCUCGGAGCGAUCAGUCUCAACCGGUACUGGGCGGUCGCUCAGCCUCUGGACGCAGCCUCGUCAGACCACAGGCGCCGUGGGAUCAUCGUAUGUGUCGUAAUCUGGGUGUUUACCAUUUCAUUGUCCAUCCCCUUCUUCAUAGGACCAGGUACCAACGAUGACGGAAACGUAACUCGAUGCUUCGAAGCGUACCACAAUCAAACGGAGCAUGAAAAGAUUAAAGUGGCAAUUACGCAUUUCUUAAUAAUUGCGAUGUUUUUUGUUGUGUUUUUUCUUGUUGUGGUGUGCAAUUUCCUGAUUGCCCGAAACUUGCUUUCUCAGAGUAUGCCUCAGUCAGAUGCUUUCUCUGACACAAUCAAGUCCAACAGGACGUUUACGUCUACGUUUAAAAGGCCCAAUAAGGCCAGAGGUGUGAAGAGGAGGGCUCUCCAGCUGCUCCUGGCGGUGGUGGGGGUGUUCGUGUUGUGCUUUAUGCCCCACCACGUCGUCCAGGGCCCCUGGGUGCUGGCUGUGCUGAAUAUAAAGGAGGGCUGGGGUCAUGUAAACUGGAGCCAGGACACACGGCAGGCACUCAACGACGCCCAUCAGAUCACUUUGCUUCUGAUGGGCUUCAACUGUAUUCUGGAUCCUGUGGUGUAUUUCUUUGCCACAAGGAAGUUCAGGACGUUCAUUGUGCAGCACAUCAAAAAGUUAUCAAGAGGAGAGGCUUGCUCCCACUCAGAGAACAUCCAAGUAUCCAUGGACAGCAGGAACCACAGCCAGAGACUUCAGAGUAUCCACCCACAGCCGGAUGAGGAAUAACUCAAUGACAGACUCAAGAACACUUGAGAACAGGUGUCUUUAUUGGGACAUGUCACAUACUGAACAGGACUACUGAUUCUUUUACCUUUCUGUUUUGGUAUUAGCUAGUCAUCUUUUAGCAAACAUUGUCUGCAUCCAACAGCAUUACUCAACUCAGUCGGUUAGUUUGGGGGG